AUGGACUCCCCAAGCCAGAGAGAAUCGCAUCAGGAUGCCGCGGAGGGCUCCCGGAGUUCCCUUGGCACUGAAUCCCCCUCGACCGCCCUCCGCCCGUCUCCCCCACAGGAGACAUCGCCCGGAGACCCCUCCCCCCUCGCCCCGCCGCCGGCUGGAGGUCGGGAUCGGACCCAUGAUCUCGAUUGGGUUCGCGUGCGCGAUCGGCUGGCGACGGCCGUGGUGCGCGGCGCAGCGGCGGGCCUGGUCCUCCGCGGCGGGCUGCAUGUGCUGACUAAAGCCCUGAGGGCGGCGUCCGGGCCCGGGCGGGGGGGGGGAGGCGGGGACAGGGAUGCGCUGCUGGAGACGGCGCGGUACACGGCGUGGCUGGGCUCGCUGGCGGGCGUCUUCGUGGGCGUGGACGAGGGGCUGGCGGCGAUCUGGGGGAAGGAGAGGACGGCUGACUGGCGAGCCCUUGUUGCAGGACUUUGUGCAGGACCAACACUGCUGCUGACAGGUACUAAAGUUCGUCAUAACAGCCUGGCAAUCUACAUCCUCUUCCGAGGUAUCACCCUCCUUAUCCGGUGUGGCAACAAGUCUACAGCUCCACCGUUGCUCCGGAGCCUUUUGACCCCAACUCGAUGGGUCCAUGGAGACACAGUCCUGAUGUGCAUCGCUUGCUGCCAGAUUCUACAUUCCUUCAUCUUCAUGCCCCAGGCUAUGCCCCGUUCCUAUGUCAAUUUCAUCAGGAGGCAUUCUGGAAAGCCAGCCUAUGUGUGGCAGGCUGUCAGGGAGCUAGUGAAGGCCAACGCCACCACAGGCCGGCCCUCCUCCACCCUCCCUGCGGUCCAGGGGACCAGCCACCUGCCCUUCUACACCCGCAAGGCCUGCGAGCUGUUGCACCCAGGCCAGUCUUGCCUUUCCCACAUGGUGGGCAUGCUGCCCGAGGCCUAUGUGCGGGCCUUCCCGGUGUAUGUGCCAGUGUACCUGGUGCCUGCCAUGAUCGUGCACAGGAAGAAGCUGGUCACUGAUGCCCAUAGGAUUUUCCCACGAGUGUUGCGGGGAAGUUUGCGAUCCACCAUGUUCCUGGCGUUGUUCAUUACCCUUGCUUACACAGGAGCAUGCAGUACGCAUACACUAUUUGGCAGCAGCUCACUCUUCAUAACCACCUCUGGGUUGUGGAUCACGGGUUUGGCCACGUUGGCGGAAAAGAAGAGCCGUAGAAUGGAGCUGGCUCUGUACUGCUUGUCACGUGCUACAGAGUCCUUUGCGCGUUGCCUGAUUGAGUGGGGAGCACCCAUCCCUACCUGGCUGAGAACUGCCCGCCUGGAUAUUGUGAUGUUCAGCUUGGCUACGGCAGCCAUUAUGCACUGCUACUCGGACGAUGAAGGGAGGCACAGGGAUGUUUUCAGGAGCAAGUAUCUCAAUGUGCUGGACUUCGUAUUUGGCAACACAGGCCUGCACAAUGGCAUGAUCAAACAUGUGCCCUCCAACCAAGACUUGGUCACUGCUGUGGUGGAUGGCAAUCCUUGGAUACGAUUCUGGAAGCGGGUUCUGUGGGGAAGGAAUGGUGAGGUCGAUCGGCUGGAGCAACCAACAGAAAACUAG